AUGAAUUACCCUAUUGCUGGUUGGAUAAAAAAGUAUGAGCAGGAAGGAAUGUUUGAUCGUAAAGAACGGUCCAGAGUUUUCAAACGUUUUGGCUUAGCAGAACGACAGUGGAUUAUAGAGCUCUACAAUAAACGUCCGGUGUUGCUUCUCGACGAGGCAAGGGAUUUGUUCCAACGCGAAUUCAAGAAAACCAUAAGUGCAGCUUCUAUCAACAGGAUACUGCAUGAUGAAGGGUACUCGUGGAAAGUCUUGGAGCGACGAGCAAUCCAGCUGCGAUUCAGUGACAUCCAGCGUUUUUUCAACGAACCUUUAAGCAUAGUAUGGGAUCUACAUGCUCUGGUGUUCUUGGACGAAGUGUCAUUCGACAAUAGAGGCAUGUUGCGGACGAAAGGCUAUGCGCCGGUUGGGAAGAAGCUUAUAUAUCGUGGAAAAUUUGUCCGGAGGCCUCGUUGUUCGCUUUUGAGCUUUCUGGGAUACGAUGGGGUUUUAGAAACCUUUUCAACUGAGGGUACUUUUACACGUGCAAAAUUUUUCGAUUGCAUUCGUAAAUUUGCAACUAAUGGAAGUGUCCAAACGCACCCUGGAAAGUACUCAGUGUGGAUCAUGGAUGGAGCACGAAUACACUGCCAUAAAUCAAUCAUUGACUACCUUCGCUCACUUAGAAUUAUAGUACUAUUUUUGCCAGCUUACGCUCCAUUCUACAAUCCAAUAGAGUAUGUCUUCGGAUACCUUAAAAAAUAUUUGAAACGGAAUUAUGUUGAGAAUGAUAAGACAGAUUUAUCAGUAAUAAUUGCUAGAGCUUUGAUUAGGUUUAAGUCAUACGACUGCAUACGAAUUUUCCGUAAAUGUGGGUAUUUGGCUGGAGGUCAGUUCGAUCCCAGUAUUGGAUUGAAUCAAGAAUAAUGAAACCAUGUAUUCUAAUAAAGUUGCCGUAAGGUUUUAUUUCUGUUUUAGUGAAUAAAAAUAAAUAAAUAAACUAACUCCUCAAUAUUUUAUUUAAUAACAAUUCAUUUAUCAAUUACAAAGUAAAAAACAAUACAAA